UGGACAUGGAUUUUCAUGAACCUUCUAUGGCCCAGAUGUAGUAGACAAGAUGCCGCCACUUCUGACACUCUUCGAACUUGGCUUCGCAUCGAAAGACAGGGCAGAUGCCACGAUUCCCUCCAUCAUGGGCGCGGCAGACAUUACUUCAGUAUAUAG